UAUAAAUGGUUCUGACGUUUGUUCAGUCAAGAAGAGAGCGAGGAGCCAUCAAGAAAGAAGUUCAGAACGACGGAGGAGAGUCGUCUAGCUGCCGGUCCUUCAAUUCGAACCAUAGACUUACCUAUGGUUACAAAUUCCGAUCCUCUCAUCAUCCAGGAAGAUGCCCCUGCACCCGUCCUGAUUUUGGCGGUAGAAAAUACGACUCCCAUAAAAGCAGUCGGACAUGACGGUUGCAUGGCGCCUGGCAAUCUAGCGGGAAAUUCGCCAAGCCUUUCGCCGUUAAUGGCAAGUCCCAAUGGGCAGCCUGCUGCAGAGUACGACUCCAGUGAUUCAGGUGGUUCUUACCUGUCCUACGGAAGUCCCAAUCAGCAGCAAUGCUACAAAUCCCCCGUCAGCUCGCGUGCAGGAACGCCUCCUCCCGAACAACCACAACUGCUCAACCGGGCUGUGAACAUUAUGAAACAAAUCACAACCGAUGAUCAACGCAUUCUCGUCCAGACCGCCGCUCUCCGCCAGAGAGCGGCGGGGCUGAAGGAGCAGGCGAGGAACACGCGGGAUGUCGUGCGCGCCGAGCGGGGGCGGCGUGAGAGAUUGGAGGCCUACUUCACAUACUGGAGGGAGAUUGCGCCCAAUUGGCCAAAAGAUUGGAUCUACGAAGAAGGCGAGGAGGAUCAGAUGCGGACAGAAAGAGUGUUAAAGACUAUGACACCACCACUACCGUCAACAGGCCCGACAGGCCCACCAACCUUGCCUUUCGACGGAAGAGAUGCACCGAACUCGCAUAGGGAGUUGAGGCGCCGUCAGCUGCAGCCACGACAGGAAGCUCCCACGCAGAAGACUGGGGCAGUUGCUCCUGCUGCAGAAGUCGACCAGUCGGGUCAACAUAUCAAUCGCCUGCCUUUGCCACAGUUUACUAUCAAAGGAAGAGCUGCAAAACGAAAAUAUUGCAGUUAAAUCGUUGACGAUUCGUACUGCGAGCUUGACCUACCGAUGUUACUUUACCCUCAGUCGGGAUAUAUCCCGUGAUAAUGUGUAUUACUCACAAGUUGUGUAUUUGUUAUACCUUGUCAACUGAAAUCAAUAAUGACGCCUAUCCAUCCAUUUGACGUUGGACUCAGGACCAGCAUGCGUU